AGGUCAAUUUAUUUAUUUUGAACGACAGAUUUAAAAAUAAAUGUGUUUAAGAUGAAGGAACGGUUUUGGAUCGUAUGUCUGCUCUGGACAUUGCUUUGUAUUCAUGGCGUUUCAUCCGGCCAUGUUGCGUAUUCUAUUAACGAGGAGGUGAGCCCAGGGACAGUUGUUGGAAAUUUAGCCAAGGACUUGAGUCUUAAUGUUGCUGAUUUGGAGUCGCGUCGCCUUCACAUCGUAUCCGGAUCGUCGAAGAAACAUUUCGAUGUGGAUGUAAAAACCGGAGCUCUUUUCGUCUUGGAGGCGAUAGACAGAGAGCAGCUCUGCCCAAACAGCGACAUUUGCACAGAAUCUCUGGAAGCGAUUGUUAAUAAUCCUUUACAGAUGCACAGCGUGGAGGUAAAAAUAUUUGACAUUAACGAUCACUCGCCGGUUUUCCCGGGAAAAUCACAGACAAUUCGUAUUGCAGAACAAGCAGUCCCAGGAGCUAAAUUUCCGCUGCUUAGUGCUGAAGAUCCAGACAUUGGAAGCAACUCGAUCAGUUCGUACAAACUCUCUAACAAUGGGUUAUUCAGCCUGGAGGUGCACACAGAUGCCGACCAAGGUCCAUCAGCCGAACUGGUGUUGAUGAAAAACCUUGACAGAGAAAAACAGUCAGUCAUCCGGCUUGUGCUGACUGCAGUUGAUGGAGGCAAACCAGCACGAUCUGGUACAACAGAAAUUAUCGUAAAUAUUUUAGAUGCUAAUGAUAACGCGCCUGUAUUUUCAAAAGCUGUUUACAAAGUUUUAGUUCAAGAAAAUGUUAUUUCCGGUACGUCCAUUUUAAAUGUUAAUGCUACCGAUCUCGACGAAGGAGUUAAUAGUGAGCUUACAUACUCCUUUAAACAAGGUCAAAGAGGAAUAGCCGAUAAAUUCGCUAUUGAUUCAACCACAGGGGAAAUCUCUGUAAUAGGAGCAUUAGAUUACGAAACCACAAACGCGUACGAAAUUCGUGUUGAAGCCCGAGAUAAAGGCCAUUCACCACUAGCAUCACAUUCUAAAGUACUAGUGGAAGUAGUGGAUGUAAACGAUAACGCACCGGAUAUUAAGCUCUCGUCUCUUCUGGACAACGUGAGAGAAGACGCUAAGAAAGGCACGGUGAUUGCAUUAAUAACAGUUCAAGACAAGGACGGAGGUAAAAAUGGAAAAGUUCGCUGUUUCGUGUCUCAGAAUUCUCCAUUUGUAUUAGAGUCCACACAGGGGAAAUAUUAUUCCCUGGUCCUGAAUGGAGCGCUUGACAGAGAAGAAAACGCCCUGUAUAAUGUCUCAAUAACAGCCACAGAUGAAGGAGUCCCUCCACUCUCCAGCACCGCUGUCCUGACAGUCCAUAUUUUCGAUGUAAAUGAUAUCGCACCUCGUUUUCCUGAGUCUUCUGUGAGUGUUUAUGUUAAAGAGAACAGUCCAGCAGGAGCUCUAAUAGCAAGUGUCUCUGCACAAGAUAUGGACUUCGGCGAAAAUGCUCAAAUAACUUAUUCAUUACUUAGCAACUCGAACAUGCCUUUAUCUUCAGCUGUCAGCAUCAACUCUGUCACUGGAGAAAUUUACAGCAUGCAGUCUUUCAACUUUGAGGAGAUGAAAACUUUCCAGUUUCAGGUACAAGCCACUGACUCUGGUGUUCCUCCGCUAAGCAGUAACGUGACUGUGAACGUUUUUAUCCUGGAUGAGAAUGACAACAGUCCUGUUUUUCUCCCUCCUUAUUCUGACCCCGGAUCAGUAAACAGUGAGAACAUUCCCUACUCUGCUGAAGCGGGGUAUUUUGUGGCUAAAGUCAGAGCUGUAGACGCUGAUUCAGGUUAUAAUGCACUAUUAUCAUAUCACAUAACCGAACCAAAGGGAACGAAUCUCUUCCGAAUCGGAACCAGCACCGGAGAAAUAAGGACUAAAAGACGAAUGAGUGACAACGACCUAAAAGCUCACCCGCUUAUCAUUACUGUCUCGGAUAACGGAGAACCUUCACUGUCCACAACUAUGAGUAUUGAAGUUGUGGUUGUGGAAAAUAUGGACAGUCUGCAGCCUUCACUAAGACAAGUGCCAGUAAAGGAGGAGAAUUUUUCUAAUCUGAAUCUCUAUCUGCUCAUCGCUAUUGUCUCAGUGUCCGUGAUAUUUUUACUGAGCCUCAUCGCUUUAAUAGCAGCUAAAUGUUACGGGACAGACGGCGGUUUCAGCAGGUCCAGCGCUCCAGUGGUCACUACACACCCUGAUGGGAGCUGGUCUUACUCUAAAUCCACUCAGCAGUAUGAUGUGUGUUUUAGUUCAGACACACUGAAGAGUGACGUAGUGGUUUUCCCCUCGCCGUUUCCGCCUGCAGACGCAGAGCUGAUCAGCAUUAAUGAAGGAGACACUUUUAACAGGACACAAACUCUUCCGAGUUCCACAAAGGUAGGGGAUUUGAUAUACCUUCAUAUUUGCCUAUAG